AUGUUUCUUUCCGGAUACGAUUUUCGUAAAAAACCACUGUGCUCUCAAAACGUCAAUAUUCUCAAUAGCGCCAACUCGUGGAGGAUGGAUAUACGAGUUCGUUUGCGACCAUGGCUGGAAAGUCGGUUAAACGAGGGUUGGAUCGAAGGUCUGUGUUGGGUCGACCAGGAAAAAGGCAUUUUUCGCAUCCCCUGGAAACACCACAGCAAACACACCUGGACGGAGCAGGACGCGGCAAUUUUCAAGGACUGGGCCGUGGUCACUGGCCGCUACCGCGAGGGAAUCGAUGACCCCGAUUGGCCCAUGUGGAAGACACGUCUUCGUUGCGCGCUCAACAAGGCACCCGACAUACAAGAGGUGAAACAGCGGCACAAUCUCCACUGUGAUGAACCCUUCAAGGUUUAUCGGUUUAUAAGCAAGACGGAAUCCCUGUGGCGCGCCAAUGCCACACGAAACGCAAGCAUGAUCUUCGACGGCUUCCCACCGCUAAGUCAACUCCCAAGUGCUUUUGGUAUGCACAACCUUUCCACGCGUCGAGGCUCCACCUCCUCCGCUGCGUCUUUCACUCAAAGGCGUCCCGCCAUUUUGAUUAGUCGGCUCUCUCCAAUUGCCAGGGGUGAGGCUUUUCCGCAAUACAACCACCACAACCGCCCGCUCACUGUGAUUCGGCGUCGGGAUCAGCUUUUUGUAAAGAAACUCAGUCUUCGUUCUCUUGUCCCCCCAUCUUCUUCGUACGCCUCGUCACCUUCGAUGCCACAACAGUUGCACUCACUGAAUGCCAGUCCACUGGACUCCCUUGAUGUUGGCGCUAUUCAGGAGGUGUUUUCAUCUCCUUCUCCUCAGGUCUCCUCCGGCUACCCCCUCUUAACACCCUUGCAUUCUCCCAACAUCCCGGUGCUGCACCCUCCCUCCUUUCUACCCCUACUUCCCGACAUUAUGGAGCCAGAAUUCCACCAACUAGGCAUUCGCAUCCAGCACUUGAACAUUCGUGUCAAGGACACCAUCGUCACGAAUCUGAACGGCUGUUGCAUCUAUUUCGGACGGUAUGAGGAGCCGCUGGUACCUAACGCUGCGGUCUCUCCCAUCACCGUAACAAGUGCUCCCGAUCCGAUCGAGAUGGCGAUCACACAUAACGUGUCCGAUGAAAAUCGCGCCUACGUGGAGAUGCUUCUCAGCAACAUGGUUCGUGGCAUCACGGUGACGGCGAGUUCCCAUGACGGGAGUAUUUACGUUGAGCGGUUGUGUCGUUGUGCUGUGUUUGUUUACUACCUGGACGAGACCUCGGGGGAUUAUGUGUUUGUGAAAAAAGUCGUUCGCAGGGAGUGCGCCAAGGUGUUUGACUACCCGCGAUUCGCCGCGGAGCUUGAGUACUUCCGACUGGGCCAGGGUCCAAAGCCCCACUACGAGGUAGUGCUGGCAUUCGGCCAACAGCUGCGGUCUGGGAUUUCCACGCAAAACCUCCUUGUCUGGUGCCGAGUGGCCAGUUGCAGGGCUUGGUUCCAGGUUCAAAGGGUUGCCUCGGGUUUGAAAGCCUCAUCGGACUACGGUUUUCCGGCGUCCCCACCUCCCCUAAUUGCAAAUUCACACCACGGCCUUUUGGUCGGGGGCGAAGUUUCUCCCGACGAGGCAGACGACGUCGAUGUUUGUCCUGUCGACACCGAGGACGCAGGCGUCUCGCUGUACUCGCCCUCGUCUGGCAUUAAACUCGAACCGGAGGAGGUGGAGGAGGAAGUGGUGGUGGUGUCGACGUCCCUAAGUGGUGACGGCACCUCCCCGCAACACCUAAUGGGCGCUGACCACGAGGGGCCGUCGGCGGUUGACGGAGUCAUGACAGAGGUGAUUGAGGAGGAGGGCGUCGUGGAGCUGCCACAAGACGAAGGCCUAUUGACUAGUUUGGCUGUCGAGUGA